AACAUAGACUGGGGCGGAGAUUGUAGCUGUGCCAUGGUGGAAUUUCCCACUUUGGCAACUGGAGCCUUCUGUACUUUGCCUUCUGAUGCGAAGACCAAGGCACCGAUUCGACAUGUCCUCAUUCGAGAUCUUGCGAAGGUUGCAGCUGCCAUGAAGCAGCCAUGGCCUUUGACGGAACCCACUUGCUUGCUGCUUGCCUUUGAUGGAGACCCAGGUGCUGCUGAGCACUGUGCGAAGAAUUUGCACGCUCGGCUGCUGAGGCGCCUCAAAAGCGCUGAACAAAAGGCGUUGAGCGCUGCGCUGAGCAGUGCUGUGGUGGAUUUGGAUUCCGAACUGCGGGACCAACGUCCUGGAGCACCUGGCUGCAGCGGUGUUGCAGCGCUAUUUGUAGGCUGUCAGCUUUUCGUCGUGAUUGCUGGAAGUUGCGUCGGUACACUUUGGGGCAAGGGUCUGGCAGAAGCUGCUGCUGACUCCACCACCAGCAGUGAGAUCGGGAAGGACGGCGUGCUGCGGCGUUCCUCCAAAGAGACGCCCCAGCAGAAACGCGCCAAGGCGCUGAUGCGGCUGCGAGCAAGGGUGCCAACCCAACAGAUUGGGGGCUCGGUGGCUCUCCCAGGCGGCAAGCGCCCCGGCUCACAAGCGGUGGCCGCGGCGGGUGCCGCAGCAGUGAAGGCGCAGAGUAUGGCGGUGGCCAGCGGCAAAGCGCUGGAGAAGCUGCGAUCGGAGGAUCUGCUGGUGGAGGUUGUACAGCUGAAGGAGGGCGAUCACUCUUUGGUGAUUCUGGGCACAGCUGGACUUUUCGGGUCUGGCUUUACGCCGCAGGACAUCGGUGCCAUUGCCGAGGCUCUGGCGCCAGAUGCUGCGAAAGCCAGUGAGGUGCUCGCAGAGCAAGCGAAAGAACGCCUGAAGGAGGCAUGUAAAGGUGAAGCCAACUGGGUGCAGCAGGAGAAAGCAAAAGCAUCAGAAGUGGCGACCGUUGCAGUACUAUUGUCUUGGGAAGGAGCGGAAGAACCAGAGGCCAAGAAGCCAAGACUGGAGUGAGAAAAAA